AUAUCAAAGGUUUUCUAGAAUUAGAAAUGAUUAAAAUUUCUUUCAAAAAGAAAAUUUUUUGGUGUUUUAAUUAGUUAUUAGAUUUAUUAGUAACAGGUGUGCACCAAAGGUGUUUUCUUAGCGAAAUGAGACGUCGAAGGGUAAAGGCAAAAGACGAGUUCUUUUUAAAAUUAGACCAAAAUAAGUUUUAUUGACUUAAGUGCGUUUAUAGAGGAGAAAUAGAGUUAAUAAACAAUUGGAUUAGUUGUAAAAUGUUUCGUCCGUGAGGCCUUCGAGACACAAAUGGCGUUCACGAGCUCUUUACUCAGUGUGGUCCGUUGGGUUUCGCCUUUUCUCGCGAGGCAGGAUCGGCUCAUCGUCAAAUCCGCCUCGGCCCACUACUCGGCGGGCGGUCAGAGGCCGGACUGGAACCGGGCCGUCUCUGAGGCUGAGAAGAUCGUCGGAUACCCGACGUCCUUCCUCAGCCUCCGGUGGCUUCUCAGCGAUGAGAUCGCCAACGUGGCCCUACAUCUGAGAAAACUCGUCGGUUCAAAUCACCCACUUCUCAAAACUGCCAAGAGUCUAAUCUACAAUGGCAGAAACAAUAUGCAGGCAUGGGGAUUAAUUGUUUUGCUUAUUUCAAAAGCAGCGGGCCAUAGGAAAGUUGAAGACAUGGAAGAGGAUAAAGCGGCAGGCGUCCUUUAUAGUCAAAGAGCUCUUGCAGAAGUGACUGAAAUGAUCAGAACAAGUCAUUUGGUCCAUAAAGGGCUUGUGAACAUUUAUGAAAAUGAAUAUUCCGAAGCUGGAGUUCUGAACGACAUGACAUUCGGAAAUAAAAUAGCCCUUCUCAGUGGGGAUUAUUUACUUUGUACAUCCUGCGUUGAGCUCGCUGCGUUAAGAAACAACGAUGUGGUACACUUGAUGUCAAGUGCAGUACUAGAUCAGGCUGUAAGUGAAUUUAUCGGAAGAAGGGAUAAACAAAACAAUCCGUUACCUGGAUCGAGUGAAAGUGCUCUUUCCGAUUGGACCCAGAGGAACGUCCUUUCAGCUGGAAGUCUCCUGGGAAAAUCUUGUGAAGGAACUUUGAAAUUAGCCGGUCAUACGAAGCAGAUACAAGAGCAGGGUUAUAAAUUCGGUAAACAUCUAGCGUUGGCUUGGCAGGCUUGCUUAGAGUUAGAGCCCUUCAUUUCUUCAAAUUUCAUCCCUGGAUCUACUUUCAAUCUGACCUCAGCCCCUGUCAUGUUCCAUUUGGAACACGAUCCAAAACUUUAUGACGAAAUCGACAAAGGUUUGGACACAGUACACGCUGUAGACUAUGGAAAAGUGUACAGUGUAGUUUCAAAAGGACCAGGGAUCGAGCUAACGAAACAACUCCAAAGGGAACAUUCUCAAAAGGCGUUGGAAGUGUUGAGUGCCUUUCAAGACAGCGAUGCCAGGACUGCUUUAUCAAAUAUCAUUUUUGCCAUGGGCGAAUUAUGAUCGAUUGUAUAUAUACUUUUUUAAACGAUUUCAUAAAAAGGUUAAAAAUAUUGCAUAAUAUAUUUUUGCAGUCAUUUUAACUUAACAAAUUUAACCAUUGGAUCUAUUUAUUCCAGUUUAAUAAGGCCAUCAGUAUUGGAAAUAAAACAAUGCCAUAGUCAUCACACAGAGACUAUAAAUGUUUUCAUAUUUUAUUUUGACUGAUACUGAUUGGAAAAAUUGUGCACUUUGUAAUUACUUUAUCUUUGAGACAACAGUUACCUACUACUAUACAUUUUCUGUUUGAAUUUUGACCAAAGAAGAAACUUUAGAAUUAAACUAAACUUUUUUUUUUCAUUUAACACGUUCAUUACGGCACUAAUUUGUAAGCACUCCCAAAACACGCUUCCCUUUUUUUUUUUUUUAAGUUUUGAAAUCUUUUAGGUUUAUAAAUGACCCUUGAUUAAAAUUUUGCUUUAAAAAAUCCUUUUCUAAAUUUUUGGGCAUGUUGUUCGGAAAUGGCGUCCGUAUAUGGGGAUUGUAAGGCAAACCAGCAAUAUCUAUUAUUUAUCCUCUGAAUAUUUAUGUAUGCCCAUAUAUUAAGAAAAAAAAUUUACUGAUUCUAUAAAUGAAUAAAAAAUAAAUUCACAUUGUAUUUAGUAGAAAUUGAUUACUUAUGAAUCAAAUUUAUUUGUGAUAAUUAUAAAUAUCUAAACACAAGUGUAAAAUGAUUACUUAAUACAUAUUUAUAUAUAUAAUAAAAUAUGUUUUUAAAGCAUAUAAUUAAAAUUGGUAAAUAAUUAUAAAAUCAUAUUUACAAAUUCUAUUUCUAUAUUUACUACUUAUUUACAAUUAAUAAAAAAAUAUGUAAAACAAUAAACUGCAAGGAGGCAAAAGGUCAAAUAGAUAAACAAAGAAAGUACUUUAACGUGCUGUCCUUAAUUAUCCCUUCAAAUCAUAGUAUUUUUGAGAAAGAAAAAGAUUUACCAACAAGAGAAUUGUAUUUCGCAAUGGUAUGAUAAAAACUUACUUAUCAAGGGGGAAAUUUUUUUUCUUCAAAAAGCCGUUAAAAAUAAUGUACAAAUCGUGAAAUUGAACUGAUACUAAAGUCGUAUGAAAUAGAUUCAAUUGGGGGGGGGGGAAACCAACGCCCUACAAUAAGCUUUGAAAAACAACGGGGGUUUUCUAAAAGAAGUGCGUUUUUCUGGAACAAUGUCCAAAUAUGGGAAAGGAUAUAUUGCGUUAUUGCAUUGUUCCAAAUCGACCUAUGUAAUGAAUGUGUUAAACUACUAUAAUGUUAUAUCGUGCAAUAUUUUAGGUUGGAUAUGAAAGUUUGUAUCAUAUGGAAAGUUAAAAACAAUUUUAAGAUUUAUUAAUUAUUAGUGAUUAAUUAAGAUUUAUAAAUUAAGAGGUAUAUUUUGUUAAAGCUGGUUGUGUUGAUCUGUGCUGUGGUGUUGACAGAGCAAUUAUUGUAUAAAAUUAUAGAUAAUUAAACGUAUUAUAGAUACAAAACUAUGAACCGUGUAGAUUAUUCUAGUUUAGUGGUAUGUUAAUUUUCAAAUGUGAAUUGUUUAUUUUUCAUAUUUACUACAAAGUAUUAACAAUAUUUUAUCACAACCUGUUUAAAGUUGUGACCAAAACAAUUGUAUAAAAUUUUAAAUAUUGAUUUAAUUGUGUAUAUAAAAGAA